AUGGAGUCGACUCCCCUCGCCCACCUCCCUGGCGACUGUUGGCUACAGAUACUGGAGUAUCUGCCACAACAGGACUUGAAUAGCCUGUCGCGAGCCACUCACGACACUCGUGGUUCAGUUGAGCCUUUCCUGUAUCGAUCAAUCCACUGGGACUGGAAGCAACCCCCGGUCCGCAAAAUCUUGCUCCUCCUUCGGACUAUCUCCGAGCGACCAAAGUUGGCUCAAUAUAUCCGACAUGUCAGCUUGGUAUGGUGGGAUGUGGAAUCCCAGGGAACAGAGAUUUCAAGCCCCAAAGGAGACCUCAACUGGGCCAAGUCAGUGCUACAGUUUAGGCCCACUUUGAGAUGGGCCCGGAAGGUUGUUCGAGACGCGAAGUUUCCGACAAAAUUCGAUACAAAAUGGAUCACACGACUGUUUGAUGGAGACGCCUACGCCUACGCCACACUGCUAAUCUCGCAACUUCACAACCUUCGCAGCCUUCGACUAGACUUUUCAUUCGUGCUUGAAGGGGGCUUCCCUGGGGAAAUGUUGCAUCAUGCUCUCUUUGGCAACGCACCCCCUGGCACAUUAAGCCGAUUCUCAAAACUAGAAAUGGCCGACUAUGGAAGCAAUUUCCCUCUCACACGAUUUCAAGAGGGUGUCAGUCUUGGUAGAACCUCUCAAUUUAUCCCCUGGUUUCACCUUCCUUCCUUGAAGACUCUUGAGCUAUGGCUCUAUAGCGUGGAGGGAAUUUGCAUCUUCCCUGCGGAGAUGCCGAAAAUAUCCUUGAAUUUGCCAAAUCUGCGCAGUCUUGUUAUUGCCAAGACACGUGUUUUGCCUGGGGACAUCACCAGACUACUGUCUCAAUUGCCAUAUCUGAAGUCUUUGCAUGUGGGCAUGGCCUACCAAUGCCGGGCAACAGCCGAGUUUCUCAAAGAGCCUGAGUGCCUCCUUCGUUCGUUGGAAAAUUUGGGACAAGCUAUCGAGCAUCUUUCUAUCAGCAUGGAACUCCUCCCAUGUUGUGCAGAAAGCUUCCUUCAGCGUGCGAUAGAUGAUGGUGGUCGGCCGUUUCAUGGCAUGUUGAAGAAGUUUCCCAAUCUGAAAACAGCAUCCUUACCGCUCAACUUUCUCAUCGGUUGGGAUAUAACGGCCUACAGACUUCGAGAUGUACUGCCAUCCACUCUCGAAGCCCUUCAUAUAAGGGCUGAUCUCUGGCAAAUCACAAACCUGAUUGAAUUCGAAAUGGAAGCACUCGAGGCAUUAGAGUCAUUAAUGAGACACAAACAGCGUGGCUCCCUCCCUUCUCUUAGAACUUUCUCCUACCAAGGACAGCAUGAGUACAAUGACACUGAACUCGCUGCUCUGGGCUUCGAGGCAGAUUUUAAGUACUCCUACUUAAUUAAGCGGGAAGCACUGAAUCUAUUCUGUCACAGGCAAGGGUACAAGCUGUUUUCUCAAUAUGGUGACUGCACGCCUGAUUUCAUGGUAAGGGGUGCGACCUUGGUAGACAACAUCGUUCACCGGCUACCUUGGCCGUUUGUUAGGGUUGAUGAGCUCCCUGCAAGCGUGCCUCGACAUCUAAGAACCGCGUCAAUCAAAUCAUCUGAUCAGCAGUCAAAUGAUGCGAAUCCAGCUGGUCCAAAUUGA